AAUAAAUUAAAAACAGGUAUUACACACACAAACAAAGUAAAAAUAUAAUUAUCUACCUACGCAUUUAUCCACUGAAAGUUGAUUAAUUUUAUUUGCUGAAUUCAAGAGUGUUAUUGUAUUUUUGUCUCAUCAAUAUUCACACACAAUGGUUCUCUUUGUUUGUAAAUGUCUUAAUGUUUCGUUAGAAAGUGAUAAAGUAGAAGAUAAUGUUGAUCGUGAAAAAUUGGAGCUUACAUCUAGCGAACAAAGGGAUAUUUUUUUCAGUGAGAAACUCUUAUCGUCUCCUGCCAACAUAUUAAAAACUCAAAUAGAACAUCAAAUUUUAGUUGGUACUAGUGUGGUGGGACGUUGGACUCUACAUACUUGCCUGGCCUGUGGAAUGACUGUGUAUGCUCUAUUGCAGGACAAUAGAGGAUCAUCUAUUGUAUUAAUUAACAAACAAAUGCAAACAACCCAUGAACAAGUAAACUCCCUUAAGAAAUCAAAUAAUUAUUCACCAGUCUUUAAUAUUUUGGUGCCAGAGUUAUCUAGUGAUAUUGAAAUGAAGGAGAAUAUGGAUACAAAUAAUUUUAUACUUAAUAAUAAGAAAAAUUGGCCAUUAAAUAACCAAGUCAUUGGUACUCUUAGUAAACAGCUUAAUCAAAGGCUCGAAUCACAGCUAGAGGCCAUCGAAGAUACUGUGAGACAGUUUCGAGAACAAAAGUACUCUGAAUUUGAAGCUUAUAAAGAAAGAGCUCAGAGGGAUCAUAAAACAUUGGCAAGCAUAAUCAAUAAAGCACGAAGUGACAGUGAAUGUGAAUGGAGAGUUGACACAAGCCUCGAUAAUGGCCCUCCUUCACCGCAACUACCUCCAUUGCAGAGAAGAAGACUAUCAUCUUUCAAAGAUGUCAAAAAAGCUCAGAAUAUUUUUAAGCCAAACAGAAACCCACCUCAAGAAGAUGACUCCUUGGAUAAUGAAGUUCUUUUUUAUUUGGAAGAUACGGAUUCGCGACACAACAUACCAUCAGAUCAAGAUGAUUAUGAGACUGAUGAAGAGAGCGCCGGCGAGGGCGUGCAGAUAACUCGGCCCCGCGGCGGAGGCGUUCCCGAGAUCGCUCGCUCUCUGCCCAUGAACAUGCCCAAGUUCCCCAAUGACAGAGCGGCACAAGAACAGGAUUACGCUGACGAUGAGGAGCCUCACGACAUAGCGGCCAGCAUGAAGGCGUUGGCGCGGUCGGUGCACGGCGACGCGUUCGAGCUGCCGCGGCCGCGCUUCUCCACGCAGAUAUAGCCGCGCCCCGCGACGCGAGGACUGUGUGCUUAGUGCGAGUCUCUUAACGUUCUCGAUAGCGUAAAAGUUAACCCAAUGCAGUUGGAACAGCGCCCCUAGCGGCAAACGUAGGCAAUCCAUACACAAAUAUGAGCUAACUUUUACGCUAUCGAGAACGUUAGAAAACUCGCACUAAGCACGCUGAACGCAAUCAUUUAACUAACUCUUCUCUUGUGACGUCAUUGAAAAAAAUCACAUUUCAUUUUACCUAAACAGAUCACUUUCGCUGGACGGCUCGCAUCGGAGCCGGUCAUAGUUAGACUCCCCGCGCUCUAGGCAGCCAGACGAAUAUAUGGCGUUGUAUAGGAGCCCGCGCACAUAAGCAGCCCGGAACUCUUGGCUGCGACAGCCAAUAAAACGCGCCUGUUGCACGGCAGCCAGAGCGAGUAGUUGACGGAUGUAUGUGGCUGCUGUCAGUCCCCGCGCACUUGCUUUAGCAGCCAAUGCAUAUUCGUCUUGCCAAAUGUUGGUUAUAUGACACAGCAUGCUUGUACAAUCUUUUGUAUUUAAAAAAAACCGGUCUGGGUAUGUGUAUCUUGAAAAUGUUUAAAGAAUAAGCCUUUUGAAUGCCUUUCUGGAAAAAGAGGAUGAAUCCAGUGUAUUUUCCUUUGCUUUGUGUUUUUUACGAGAUAAAGUCCAAAUCGCUCGACGAAAAGAUCGUAAAUUGGCGUCGAUGGGCUGCUAUAACUGGCUGCUCAAAUAUUUCGGUUGCCGCAGCCAGGCCGCCUAGUGCGCGGGGAGUCUUAAUAAUGAUAAGGUAUAAAUAAUAAUGAUGUACUCGUAAUAUUGGCGUACAAUUCUGUUCGAAGCGAAACGUUACUUGUAAGUUUGAGUCCUUUAUUCAUAUACACGUGUUAUAAAUUAGGCAUCUCAUCGAGUUGUGCAUGUGACGGUGUGCUGUGUGUUUGAGUUUUACAGUUUGGACACUUCCCACACAUUGGUGCUUAUAAAAUGUGAUCACGGUGGCCCUAACAAGAGUACAGUAGACAAUAGUUCAAAGACAGCUAUCAAGCUAAUUUUAGUUAUAUACGGGGCUGAUUCGUUCACCGACACGACAACGAUAUAUCGCGCCGAUACACACUCACCGAUAUUAAGGACUAAAAUUCUUUAUAGGGAACUAUGACAAUGACAUUAUCACUGACGGACUGAUCAUAUCGAUAAAAUAAAUUUUGAUAUUCGUCGCCGACAACCUGUCUGUGAAUCUAUAUCGGAUCCGAUAAAUCGUUGAUGUUGAUAAAUAAGCUCUUGAACGUAAACCUUGUAACGUUAAAUUAUAAUAAGAAAGAGGCUAUACAAUUACAAUGCGUAUUUACUCUGAGCAGUCCGUGAAGUGUCAGGAUAAAAUUAAUACGAUUAAUUGUUACAUUAAAAUUUGACUGAUUUGUAUGAAUUUUACUUAAUUAUAUUGAAUGAAAUACUUUAAUAUAACAUAUACGUUGAGUAUGCACAUUAUAGAUGACCAUCCAUUUUUAUACAAAUAUUGCCCUAGAUUUAGCUCCGAACGUUCCUAUAUAGAGAGCAUCGGAUGAUGUCGGUGUAAAAUGUCAAUUAAAACAUUUUUUUCUUUUCUUCAGUUGCAAUUUUUUUUUUUAAAUUAUAUAUAGUUAACCAAUGCCAUAAAUUUAAUAUUAUUAUGUGCUGUUCAAUACUGCUGGGAUGGUGCUGAGUGCGUGGAAAUAUUUGAAUCGGAAACAAUUUGUUAAUUCUGUGUAAAUAAUAUUCUAAAAAUGACAUACUUAUUAUACAACAUAAUUACAAUUGUUUUUAACAACUAAGUCAUAUUAUCUCUGUUUAUAGGCUACUUUAAACUGGUGUUAUCUUAAUGAUAAGCGAAAAAGUGUACAAAAAUAUGAAUACUGCAUUUCUAACUAGUCUUUUAGGGUCACGAAUUAAUUGACAUCCUUAUUUUUUUUUUAUUUGAUAAUUUAUGUAGACUAUACGAUCGGAUUAUCAUGAAAAGCAAAAUCAUAUUAAUGUGUACAUAGUUUGUAACGUUUGUUAUUGCUUUCGACGAAGACGAAUAGAGUUUUUGGAGAACAUUUAUUUUUAUAUCCAGUUUAUUCAGAAUGUUUAUGUGAUUGGAUAAAGAUCGGUCAGGAGCAGCGCGCGGAAGUUGUGGUUCGUUCAUUGUUUUACGUAUUUUCAAUUUAUUAUUACUAUAUAAGUGUAGUAGUUUAUAGAUUACUUUUUGUGACGGAUAUUUUUUCUGUAGUCAAACAGGAAUCUGUAAUUUUCAGUGUCUUCCAACACUGUUCUUGUACAAGAAGGGUGUACCAGUUUGUCAUGUGAUUUAAAUCUUUUCAGUUAGUUGUUAAAUUUAGUUUGAAAUUAUUAAUUUUGUUUAAAUUGGUGUGACGAUAUUGAAAUGGACUUGAAUGUAUUGAUUACUGAACAUGUCAUAAAUUUUAAAUAUAGAGAUUGAAAAUUUA